GGGAGGGAAAGGAGGGCGGGUGCUGUGGCUGCACCUGGUGCGCCCUGGCCCGCGCGCGAGCCUGCACCCUUGCAGCUCCAGUAAGAUGCGGGGCUGUGGGGACUCAGAGCUGGAGUCGGUGGAAGGGGAGGAAGCCGUGGUGGGCCCAGGACGCCCCCCAGAACCCCGAGCUCCGGAACCGCAAGCCCCGCUGCCGGAGCCCGGCCUGGAUCUGAGCCUGAGCCCGCGGCCGGAGGAUCUGGAGCCGCGGCAAGGCAGUCCCAGGCGGCGGCGGCAGGGCGGGUCUCGGAGGGGGCGGCAGGUCCGUUUCCGUCUGGCGCCGGCUUCCCCGGCCAGGUCCGAGUCGCUGCCAACGGCCGCUGCACCGAGCGAUCGGCCCGAGCCGCCGCAGGAGCUGGAGUACCCGGCGCCGCACAGCAGCCUGGCCUUGAGCCUCGAGCUGCAGGCUGCGCGCGCCGCGGCCGGGGGUCAGUUCGAUGCCGCCAAGGCCGUAGAGGAACAGCUGAGAAAGUCGUUCCAGGUCCGCUGCGGCCUCGAGGAUAACGUAACCGAGGGACUGAAUGUGCCGCGAUCCAAACGGCUCUUCCGGGACCUGGUGAGCUUGCAGGUGCCGGAGGAGCAGGUUCUCAAUGCUGCGCUAAGGGAGAAACUGGCGCUCCUUCCGCCCCAGGCUCGAGCCCCGGCCGCAAAGGAGCCACCCGGGCCAGGGCCCGACAUGACCAUUUUGUGUGACCCAGAAACAUUAGUUUAUGAAUUUCCACACCUGACCCUGGACGGGCUACCUCCGCUUCGACUUCAGCCCCGGCCCCGCCCCUCGGAAGACACCUUCCUGAUGCAUCGGACGCUGAGGAGGUGGGAAGCGUAGGUCUGAGCGCCUCCUGGAUGGCUGCUUUCUGUUUUUGUGUUGGAAAACCCUUUCAGAAUAAAGUUAUUUUGCUAAUAAA